CUUAUUCGCACACAUUUCACUAUACCUUCAGCCUUCCUUGCUGCCUCUCAAAAAUUAAUCUUUUACUCUUGCCUCCUUUUUUUGGCUCUUAUGGUAAUAAGAGUGUACAUUUAGUGAUAGUACUUUGGAAGGACGGAAGAGGAAUGCUGGUUUUUACUCCUUAUUUACGUGUGUGGAUCUGCUGUCUAUGCAGACCUUCUUUUUCUUUCUUCUUCUUUAUUCUCUGUUUGUUAUUCUGUUGCACUUCUACUAGAUCAUUGGAUGGAUAUUUUAUGAUCUUGUAAAUUGGUUUCAGCUGCUCAGCAUGGUACUGAGGUGUGGAAUGCAGGCCACUUAUCUCGAAUGAAACCUUUCUAGUCCAGGUUUUUUAUCUCUCUUGUUCAUACUUGUUUUUUGGGUGAAUUAGCAGGAAACAAAUCAACUUCCUUCACCACCAAUCUGACUCUGAUUCUUCUUAUACUUCCUUUCUCUUCGGAUACCUUGUUUUCCUCUCCUGUAAUGCUUCUUUUAUAUGAUGAUGAAAACUGCAGUCUGUAGCUGAAACACUCCUACAUAUAUUUUUGUUGUGCUUCUGUUCAGAACUCAUCUAUCUUUCUCUACAUAGACAGUGAGACAUCUAAAGAGAGUUUCAGAUUUGAGAAGAGUUGAUAUUGGUGAUACAGUUACACAUGAAUUGUUAAGGUUAUUUAACAGUUUUAUGUCAUGGUUAAGAUUUACUCAACUUAAGUGAAUUCUCAUAGAUUAAUUGGUCAUGGAGUCUACUUACUCACUGGUAGUAGCUCUUGCACAAAUUUUAUUUUAUCUUAGCCACUUUCUUCUUGCUUUCAUUUAAACCAUGGUAGUAUAUGUCUGUAAGAUACUUGCUGUACAAUCAAUCAUCCUUAUUUUUUUUUUCAAUUUUCUCUCUUACUUCACAUAAGGCUACAUGUUACUGAGGCCCUCUUAGUAGCAGGCUGUUUCUGUGGCCUUCCAAGAUCUUAAUGGAUUUUGUUUCAGAGGAGGAAUGGGCUGGGCCUUCAUGGUAUGCACUGGGCUUUGGCUGGUCCAGUCCAGAUUUCAUUUUCCUUUGAUACAACUUGCAAGAAACAUGUGCUCUAUGGUUCUGAUCAAUCUACAAACUGCUAACUACUCAAACAGGCCCAUAUGUAUGUUCCAAACAAAUGUUGUCUUUUAAUGUUUAGGACAGAAGAUCUUAAAUUGGAGUUGCAUUGUUCUUUUGCUACGGAAAAUGAUGAAAAUUACAGAUUGAACUGCAGUGGUGAGUAUCACCCACUUCACAUAUUGAUACACAUAGGGUUAGCUCUUACUGGUUUUGAUAUGUACUAUGAUCUUAAGGCCCAGUUAGAAAUGGGCCGUUUGUAUGCCCUCCGAAAUGGGCUGGGACAAGCUGGAAUGGACCAGGCCUUGGAGGAUCCAAUCUAUCAACUGAGUUUAGGUUAGGCCUCAACUUCCAGGACUCCUGCCCCGGUAAACACCGAUCAUUAUUGAGCUUUCCAGAAAGUCCAUUAUGAGAAAAAGAUUGAAGGUGGUCCAAGAAUUUUAUAAUUUACACUCUUUAGUUUGUUUCUUACUCAUCCUUUAAAUAUCUUCAUCCAACUUCUUUCAUUUUGGGAUGAGUAUAAUAGGAUAUAGGAAGUUAAACUCUUGAUUUCACUCUCACUUUAAUGAAUCUUUCAUUCUCUUUUCAUAUUAGAAUGAGUAUUUGGGAACAUACGUUCUACAAUUAGGAAUAUUCAUUUAAGAAUGAAAGACAAUGAACCAAAAACUUUAUAGGAUGGAGAAUUUUAUAUAUCUUAUUUUGAUAUAACUUGUAGACUUCAUAGUCGUACAAAAUUUGACCCACACUACAUAAUUAACCAGGGUAGGUGUAUUUGUUUACCUAACAAAAUUUGUCUCUAUUGUUAACGACAAGGUCUUAAAUUGCAGUAGCAUUGCUCUUAUGGUAAGAAAAAUUGCUGAAAGAUAUGUGCUAAGUGCAACUGUGGUCACCAUGUGCGUGAGAGUCUAUUUUUAUUGUACUGAUUGCAUCCCUUGAACUGUUGUUUCACUUUGAUAAUAAAAAAACAAAAACACUAACUGACAUGAUAAGUCAUAUUCAUCAUUGCAUUGCACCACCUGUCUUGAUUUCAUUGGCCUUCGGUACCAAUUUCUAUCAGAAUUAUUGAAGGCUUACGUUUAUACGUUUGAUCUCUCGCUAUAACGUGUCAACUUUCAAAUGGAGCAAAAUAACAGAUGUGACUACCAGGUUUGUCGUUUAUCAUAUAUCUUGGUUAGGUUCUUCUCUUUUUAAUACAUGCCUUGAAAGCUUCUUCUACUUCAUUACAAAAGUAAUGCAUCAAUAAUAAUGUUUAUUGAUAGAUGAUGUCUGUUUUAAAAUGGCAUAAACUAUAAACUAUCUACAGUGAUGAUUAUUUUAAAACUGCAUGAAAUAGAAGACUAUAGCAUAAUCUAUGAACAGUGAUGGUUACUGCAUGAUAAUAAUGUAUCAGCAAUAAUGUUUAUUAGAAAAAUGUAUGAUAUAAGAAUGGCAAUAAUGUAGGAGUAAUGAUGUUUAUUGGAAAACUGUGUCAUUGGGGUGAGUCACUAUCCAAAAUCAGGGGUGAGAUAGUAUAAAUCUGGCUGAAAUGCAUGAAAAUUGCAAUACAUGUGUCCUUACAGUACCAAUGAAGUUGCUCUAAAGCAGAGAACAGACUUUAUUGGGUGUGAUCUGCACCACACACUCACCCAUCACCUAGCAUCAUAGCUUUUCAAUAAUUUAACAGCACGUUCCUGGAAAUCUGUGAUAUGAAUCUCAACCACACACAGCAUCUACCCUAUCAGUUCUAACAUUGAACUGAAGCAAUCAACCACACACGUCAUGCUACCUUAUCAUCUUUAUUAACCACCAUUUCCACACCCACUGAAUUCACUCACUGGAACCCUAGUUGUAAGUAAGAGAAAGGCUUCUUGCACUCAGCACGGACUUCAUACCUCUGAUUCUUUGUAUAGAACUCCACAGAAUAUGGAGACUGUUCUUUCCAACCACUCCCCACCUUUGGAAUUCAAGGGUUUGAGCAAUGAGGAGGAAGAGUCACUUCUAGGGCAAGUUGAAAUAUGGAGAUACAUGACAAGCUUCACUGAUUCCAUGGCCCUAAAAUCUGUGGUAGAGCUUCGCAUAGCAGAUAUAAUAGACAGCUAUGGCAAACCACUAUCCUUGUCUCAAAUUGUGGAGAACAUUGAGAAUGCACCUUCCCCAGAUGUGAGUCUUCUGGAGAGAGUGAUGAGAGUGAUGGUGCGCAGAAAGAUCUUCAGUGCAGAGAAAUCAGAGACUGGAGAGACCCUUUACGGCUUGACGCGUGCUUCCAAAUGGAUCCUACGAGACACAAAAAUCACCUUAGCACCAUUCUUGCUGUUGGAGAACCACCCAAUUCACCUCAACCCUGCUCACUACAUCAGUGAGAUUGUGAGAGAAGGCACCAAAAACGGCACUGCUUUCUUCAGGUGCCAUGGGCAUGAACAAUUUGAGAUGACGGGGUUGGACUCCGAGUACAACAGGUUGUUCAAUGAGGGGAUGGUGUGCACCACUAAGUUUAUCACCAAGGCUGUCAUCAAUGGCUACAGAGAUGGGUUUAACAAGAUUGAGUCUUUGGUUGACGUGGGAGGUGGCAUUGGAGGCUCUCUUUCUGAGAUUGUCAGGGCUUACCCUCACAUCAAAGGCAUCAACUUUGACUUGCCUCAUGUCGUUGCCACUGCACCUAACUUUGAUGGAAUCACUCAUGUUGGAGGUGACAUGUUCGUCUCCAUUCCCUCUGCUGAUGCCAUUUACAUGAAGUGGAUUUUGCAUGACUGGAGCGACGAGCACUGCGUGAAGAUCCUGAAGAACUGCAGGAAAGCAAUACCAGAGAAGACAGGAAAGGUGAUAAUUGUGGAUCAUGUGCUUCGACCCGAAGGGAACGAACCCUUCACUGAUGUUGGCAUUGCAUUUGACAUGAUGCUUCUCGCUCACAACGCUGGUGGCAAAGAGAGGACCGAAGAGAAUUGGAAGUGGCUAUUCAAAGAAACAGGAUUCACUCGUUACAACAUCAUCAAGAUCAACGCUCUCCCCUCUAUCAUCGAGGCGUAUCCAAUCUGAAGAAGCUACAUCUUCGUAUGUCUCGUGUUAUUGUUGUUGCUGUCAUCAACAGCUUUAUGAUCUUCGUGUUAUAUCAUGUGGCUUUCUCUAUUGCCUACUAAAUAAAAACUAUAAACGCCACCACGAAAGUAAUGCAGGGUUCAUAUGGGUUAUAUGUAUAUGUUCCUUGAAGCGAGUGGUGCGUGGUUGUCAAGAAUCUGUUGCUCUUUAUUAAGGAAUGAAAUGUCUGGUGUGUACAA